UGGAAUGCCAAAAUGCUGCACCCACUACCACCUGGUGAAUGGAUCUUGUAAAGAAUGUACCAGUGGAUAUUUCGGAAGCAAUUGUACGCCUUGUAGAUUCCCAGCCUACGGUCUGUCGUGUCGAAGUACCUGUCACUGUUUGGAAAAUCUCUGUAACCAUAAAAUCGGAUGCUUAGAGUCUGAACAAUCAACAACAACAACAGCAAAACAGAUUAUAUUUUCAACUGAAGAUAUUACAUUCAGCAGAAGCAGGGCUAUUACAACCUUCACAUCCAGAGAAUUAUCUGUGAUCGGCUUAAUUACAACAGCAAAACCAGUUACUUCUUCUGGUGACGUUUCUAUGACGUCGGUCAUCAUUAUCAUCGGGAGUGUUUUGUGUUUCUUUCUCUUUCUGAUUGCAGCCAAUCAAAUUCAUAGCAAGAUUCAGCGACAAAGACUUCUGGUUACUAAGAAACAGAGAAGGAACAAACUUGAUCCUUCGGAGGUAGAGGACGUUUACCAAAUUAUCGAAGAAUCACAAGUUUCUGCAACGAAUAAUAAAUAUAAUGUUGUUUCUGAUCAGAGUAGAUUACAAAGCCUAGCUUCUCCAGCUUCUAAACCCGAGUAUGUACAAAUUGUAGAAGAGCCUAUUCAAAAUCUUUCAUAUGAUUCAAAUUCAGCGGAAAUAAAUGAUAUAACAAAAAUCUUAGAAGCGGAAGACAGACACAAAGACUUGAACAAUCGAGAUGAAAUAAGGAAGGACCCGGACUGCGAAAAUAAAGAAACGUUAAGCGGUCCUACAUCGCCAACUGCAUGUCUUCCAGAAGUUAACGUAACAAAUACAGAUGAUACUUAUUAUUGUGAGCCUAUAACACAACAUAAUACUUACCUAGACGUCAUUCAGCAGUCACGUGAUCCCGCUUAUAUUGAUGUCGUUCACGAGUGA